AUGCCCGAGCCCUCCGCGGCGGACUCCCCUGCGCGCCGGGUCGCCAUGGCCCCUCCGCCCCGCCCCAUGGCCGCCUCCGCGCACUGGCCUUGGCCGGCCUGCCCCGCGCCCGCGCCGCUUGGCCCCGGCGCGCCCGCCGACUCGCCAUCUUCGCACAGGGCCUCCCGAGCCGACUUGGCCGGCCUGCCCCGCCCCGGGCCUGCUGCGCGUCCAUGCGCCAUCGCGCUGUGCCCCGCGCCCGACUCCCCGUCGCCGCGCACCUGCACUCCCGCGCCCCUGGCCGCCUGCGGCGCUCAUGCUGGGUCCGGCGCGCCGCGUCGUCCAGCCGGCUUCCCGCACCCGCAGCCGGCUCCCGCGCCCGUCGCCUGUGCCACCCGCGCCUCCCUAGCGCCCGGCCUCCCCAGGCCGGCUCCGGGUCGCCGUCUCGCCCACCGCCGGAUCCCGCCCCCGACGUCGCCCGCGUCUGGCCGCCUUCUCGCUUGGCGGGCCGGCUACCGCGCGCCCGUUGCCGGGUCGCCGCUCCCAGCCGGCGUCCGCCUCCACUCCGUGCGCCCGGCCAGGGCCGGCUCCUGCGCCGCCCUCCGGAUGCCGCCCCCGACGUCGCCCGCGUCUGGCCGCCUUCUCGCUCGGCCGGCCGGCUACCGCGCGCCCGUUGGCCGGGUCGCCGCCCCCAGCCGGCGUCUGUCUCCGCACCCGGCCGCCCCCGCGGGCCGGCUCUGCCUGCUCGCCGCCCUGCGCCUCCGGCUCCUCCCCGCAGGCGCGCCCGUGGCCG